CCGGACAAAAUAAAGCAAAUCCUAUUGCUGCAAUUCGUAGUGCAGGAUUAUUAUUAGAACACAUGGGUUUUCAUCAACAAGCACUAUGCAUUUAUAAUGCAGUAGAUGACGUAUUAAGACGUGGAGAAAUUCUUACACCGGAUUUGGGUGGAAAAGCGACAACCCAACAAGUCGUAGAUGCAGUCAUUAA